AUGGAUUCGUUCUUCGUUGACUUCAUGAUGGGUGGAGUGUCCGCCGCAGUGUCUAAGACGGCUGCUGCUCCCAUUGAGAGAGUCAAGUUGUUGAUCCAGAACCAGGAUGAGAUGAUCAAGCAAGGUCGUUUGGCCAGAAAAUAUAAUGGGAUUAUCGAGUGUUUUAGCAGAACAGCAUCUGAGGAAGGUAUUGGGUCCUUCUGGAGAGGAAAUACUGCUAAUGUCAUCAGGUACUUCCCUACUCAAGCGUUGAACUUUGCUUUCAAAGACCGUUACAAGAAGAUGUUUGGUUUCAAGAAGGAAGAAGGUUAUUGGCCAUGGUUUGCUGGUAAUUUGGCUUCUGGUGCAAUGGCAGGUGCAACAUCUCAGGUGUUUGUCUAUUCAUUGGAUUAUGCAAGGACCAGAUUGGCAAACGACGCCAAAUCUGCUACAGGGGCUGGUGAGAGACAGUACAAAGGUUUAGUAGAUGUCUACAAGCAGACUUUAGCUACAGAUGGAAUUGCUGGGUUGUACAGAGGCUUUGUACCUUCAAUUGCUGGUAUUAUUGUCUACAGAGGUCUUUACUUUGGUCUUUACGAUUCCCUCAAACCUGUUGUCUUGAUUGGGCCAUUGGAAGGUAACUUCUUGGCCUCUUUUUUGUUAGGUUGGGCUGUCACCACUGGUGCUUCCACUGCCUCUUACCCAUUGGACACUGUCAGAAGAAGAAUGAUGAUGACGUCUGGACAAGCUGUCAAAUAUAAGGGAACGUUGGAUUGUUUCCAACAGAUUAUUGCUAAAGAAGGCUUUUCGUCUUUAUUCAAGGGUUGUGGUGCCAACAUCUUGAGAGGUGUAGCUGGUGCUGGAGUCAUUUCGAUGUACGAUCAAUUCCAAAUGAUCCUUUUUGGAAAGAAGUUUUAG